AUGAUAGAAUUGGAAGAACUCAAUAAUGGUGAUUAUAAUGGAGCCAAUCUUGCUGAUGAGGAAAUGUAUCCUAUACAUAAUAUUCCACCAGAUGAGAUAGGAAUACAUGGAACAUGCUAUGAUAUCAAGAAAUAUUUAGAUUUGCGGCCAAAAAAUGCAGAAGAAACCUUUUUUCUUCGUGUAAAUAAAAUCUUGAAGAAGAUUGUAAAUCAUUCAUUACGAAAAUAUACUGCUCAAAAACUAAAUGAUCAAGGAUCGGAUUCACAAGUUAUAAUUAAUGUAACAUUAUAUCGAUCUUUGGAAGGAUUAAGUGCAUAUUGA